AUGGUCGUGGCAAGUCCCCUAAUCGGGUCUCAUGCCGAUCGUUCGGGCGCGAAACGUGCCUGGCUAUUAUAUGGACUUGCGGGCGCAUUGCUAGGCUCUUUGAUGCUCGCCAUGGCGACUUCAUUAUUCACUCUCUUUGCCGGACGCCUUGUACAGUCUCUUGCCAGCACUGGUCUGUGGGUGGUAGGCUUUGCUACCCUGGCGGAGAACGUUCCGGCCGACCAGCUGGGCAAAAUGUAUGGGUUCGUGACUAUUGCCAUUGGCGUAGGAACCUCGGGUGGGCCACUUGUGGCUGGUGUUCUGUUCGACGUAUGUGGGUAUUGGGUGGCUUGGUCGAGUGUGCUUUUCGUCAUUGUGUUUGAUGUGAUCCUGCGAUGUUUGAUGCUAGAGCGAUCGCGUGACAGUGGAUCUCCUCGCGCGGAGCGGGCCGGGCAGGAUCCAGAGAGAGAGGCACUUUUGUCACCAUCGCAUGACCCGGAUCAACAGGUAAGCAGUCAGGCUAUAUCGGAGAAAACGGGUAUACAAUUCUAUCUAUGCCUGUGUAGCAACGGUCGCUUCAUUGGUGGUGUGGUUAGUUAUUUCUGUUACGCCGUUCUAACCGCCAGCUUCGACACAACGCUUCCUCUCCAUGUGCGCGAUGCCUUCCAUUGGGGAAGCCUCCCCGCUGGUUUGUUAUUCGCCGCUUUCCAGGGCCCCGCGGUGUUCUUUAGCGUUCCUGUCGGCUGGCUGAAGGAUCGAGUGGGGACUCGGUACCCGACCACGAUCGGGUUUGCUCUUCUGGUACCAUUACUGUGGCUGAUCGGUGUUCCUGGGGAUGAACGGUUCCCCUGGGCCAGUGAAGAGACGACCGGUUCGGUCAUAUACAGCGUAGCUGUCACAGGUAUCGGAAUUGUGAUAUGCUUGCUCAACGGGGUGGGGAUGAUGGAAGCCACUCAAGCCGUUGAUGAGAUCGAAAGAGAAAACCCCGGAAUCUUCGGUCCGAAUGGGGGUUAUUCGAGAGCCAUAUCCGCCUCCAGUAUCAGUUGGACGCUGGGGAUGUUUAUUGGGCCGAUUCUUUCGGGAUAUGGUACGGAACAAAUCGGAUAUUAUGGAAUGAAUUGUGUAUUGGCGGGGAUGUGCGGACUUUGCUCCUUCACCGCCUUCUGGAAUUUAAAAUCGACUGUGCCGCAACGGCCGGGUCAAAAGGAUCAAACGUCUUCUGGUGGAGUUUUCACAUGA